UCCCCGUGGGACAUAAUUCGCAGUAGGACGAGCUGUGUGUUGAGGGAGAAAACGUGUGAACGUGCUGUAACGUUAGAUCUCGUGUUAUUGGAGUUAAACGUUGUAUGAAUUAAUUAAAUGCUGCAGCUAACCUGAUCGAUUAUACAGAUAUACAGAACAAACCGGAAGUCAGUCUCGGAGUGACGCUGGAAUAACCCGGAGGAAACCAUGAAGAAGAAACUUCAGCAGAGUGAAGAGGCGUCUCCGGGGCAACCGCCAGCUGACUAUGUGGUGGGUCAGGUGUCUGGAAGUUUGUCCCAGAAGAAGUCCGCAGCCUCUGGAUCACUGUCGGCUUUGUUCGGCACCACUGCGCCGGCUGCACCUCUCCUGUUUCAGCCUGCGCCCAAGCCUGUUAAGAAGAGCACAGAGCAGCAGACGGAAACGCCAGAGGUCAAAGGUCAACCCAGCCAGAAGAAGAAGAAGAAGGAGAAGCCCCUGAAGGAAAAAUCAGAAGCUGAACAGAAGCUGGAAAACAGGGAGAUGAGUUUACAGAACGCAGACGAGGCCGAGGGAGGGCAGCAGGCGCCCGGGCAGAGUAAGAAUAAGAAGAGGAAAGCUCCGGAGGCGGGCGUAGAGAACGAGCAGUGGGUGAUGAAGAGGCAGAGGAUGAGAGCCAGAAAAGAGGAGGAGGUGAUAAAGAGGAAGAGGACGGUGUUCGUGGGCAACCUGCCCGUCAGCUGCACCAGGAAGACGCUGCAGAGCCUCUUCAGGGAUAAAGGAUCCAUCGAGUCCAUCCGGUUUCGCUCUGUGGUCCGAGAGGAUCCCUCCAUGUCCCGCAAAGUAGCAGCGAUUCAACGCAAAGUGCAUCCCAAAAAGCAAAGCAUAAACGCCUACGUGGUGUUUAAGGACGAGGACGGCGUCUCGAAGGCGUUGGAGAGGAACGGCACGGAGAUCGAGAAAGACUUUCACAUCCGAGUGGACCGAGUGACGGACGACUCAGCGCAUGAUCACAAACGCUCCGUGUUUGUGGGGAAUCUUUCGUUCGAGAUAAAUGAACUGGCUUUUCGGCGGCACUUUGACGGGUGCGGUACAGUGGAGGCUGUGCGACUGGUGCGAGACCAGAACUCUGGACUGGGGAAAGGAUUCGGCUACGUCCUGUUUGAGAGCGCUGACUCGGUGCAGCUGGCGUUGGAACUGGACGGCACCAAACUGGAGGGCAGGUCCAUCCGGGUGAAGAGGUCGAUGAAGAAGCAGAAGCAGAAGAAUAAAAGUGACAGCAGAGGAACCACGGUGAGGGCCGGCAAGGGCCCUGUGAAGGGCCCAUGGCAGGAGAGAGGAGGCCGUCGGGGAGGUUUCAAGUCUCAAAAGAAUUUCCCGGGAAAGCAGCAGACGACAACUAAAAGCUCCGCCUCCUUCAAAGGAGAGAUGGUGGAUCCAAACAAAAAGAGUAAAAAGAAAGGACUGAAGAAGAAAGUGAAGCCAAAAAAGACUGUUCACAUCUGAUCUACACUUUACAGGGAUAAACUCUUUCUGACUGAACCCAGCAGUGAUUCAGCUUCUGCUGCUCUCAUCACAUUUUCAGGAAGAACAAGAAGCAGCAGGUUCACAGAUGCCCCUUUUCCACCAACAUGGAGCGGUUCAGUUCUGGUUCUUGAACCUGAUUUUUAACCAUUCAGACCAAAAAUAAAUUGGUUCAGACCAGAAAAGGAAAAAAAAGCAGGUUUUCCUUGACCUGAGGUGCAAACUGUGACGACAUCAGUGGGCGUGUCAGAUUCUACAGCAGCCCAGGGCACACCAAAGGGCAAUCCAAGAUCCAACUAGUUAUCUCCAAGUGCACGUCACACACUGAGCGAGCCGCCUGUUAAUGACGCUGUGGGCUAAUGGGCAUGUAGCUACUUCCAUGUUUCAGAUGAUACGUCAUGUUUGUAGUCGACCAAUGAAGAUGAGUUUACAUAUCACCUUGGGUUCGUCCUUCACCUUCUCAAAAUGAUCCCACACUUUGGAUUUCCUGCCCGACAUGUUAUUAACUAGCCUGUGGAAUAACCGCAGGUACCAGCCCUGGAGAUUAACCUGACUCCUGUCUGACUGCUGAGCGUGGACACUUCCUGUGUCUGUCCUUUCAAAUUAAACUCCCACAUGCUCCAGUCAUAUAGGUUUGGAUUUAUUUUGACAAGGUGCAGCUCCUAAUAGAGUUUCACUUUUUAUAUUUUUUCUGCGUCUACGCAACAAAUGAAAUCUUGCAGACUAAUGAAUAACGUUUGGUCGACUGGUGUACUGACUGUUUUUUUGUCUUUUUGUUUUCUCUGGUGCUUUGUUUUAAUUUGCUCCACACAAUAAAGGCUUCCAUCGUCCCACUCACGGCUUUCUCCUUU